CUUGAGCUAUCCUUUGUCGGCUUGGUGGCUCUUUGUGCUUCUUGCUACUCGAGCUCACAAUUUGGUUUUGCCAAAAGAAACAACGGCGCCCCAUCCCUCACUUUUCCGCUAUUUUAGCUAGCUAAUUAUAACUAUUAGCUAUCCAACAAUCAUUCCACAAUGACAGCCUCAACAUCACCUGCUACCAACAAUGACAGGAACGACAAUGCGAUGGAUGCAUCUUCUUCUUCAGCCUUUCCUGAAUUUCUGUUUAUGAGGAGACCUUCCAGACCCAUGGCUGACAAGAAGCCACUGGCUUUGCCUGCCAUGCCCAACAUUUCGGGAUUUCUCUUUGGACUGUGUUCUACUACUACUAAUACUGCUGCAGAACCACAGCCAUUUGACGAGGAUGUGUCCGAAAGACAACAACAACCAGGAUCAGACAAAAAGAAGAAAAAGAGCAAAAAAAGCAGCAAAAAGUCCAAAAAAGCUAAAGACAGCAAAGCUGCGAAAGACACCGACGAUGACGAUAACAAGCCCAAACGCAACUCAUUUUUGUCCGUCAUGGAACGCCUGCUCAAGAGCAAGAACGGCAAAGACCUCAUCAAGAAACACGCCAAGGCACCCAAAGUGGGACACUCAUCAGCAGUAGCAGCAGCCAAAGCUCAACCAGACAAGAAGAAAUCGAAGAGUUCCAAAAGGAGCAAGAGUGAGACCAAGUCCAGGAGUCGAACCAGGCCCAAGCGGGUCAGCUGCAGUGAACGAUCCGCCACGGCUCACAUGGACGAAAGCAUGUUUGACUGGAGAGAAUACCGAUGCAGUCAAACCAGAAACUCACAGACGGCGCAACAUCAACAGACUAUUGUCGUGGAAGACCAACAGCGACGAUAGGUUGCAAUCUAGAAGGUUGCCGUCUGGCUAGAUUUGCUUGCUUUGUGCAGGAAGGAUCCCAACAAUGCUAUUUAUCCAUCUGAAUUACCAUAGCAACGCCUAUGCUGUGGUGGCAGGACAAAUAAAGAAAGGAUGGGUGCAUGGGCGGCAACGCCAAAUGCCAAAAACACUAGGGGUUUGACGCGUAAGAGUAGCUCCCUGGCCGUAGAAGGACCCAGGUAUAAAAAGAAACUAAA